UUUGCUUAUUAUCAAAAUAAGCCUGCACACUAAAGGUGUAUAUUUAAAGCAUAUAUUUAAAAGUUAUGGUAAGGGUAGGCAUGGUGGCACACACUUUUGAUCCCAGGACUCAGUAGACAGGCAGGAGGAUCUUCUUGAAUUCCAGUCCAGGUAGACCUACACAGUGUAACCCAGUCGGGGUUAGUGUGUGUGGGGGGGGAGUUAAUAGAAUUCAGGUCUUCUCCCCAUGGUUAUUAGUGUAACAGAAAUAGGUUCACUAGUUUUUAUUUGUAUCCAGUUUUGUAAAUUUAAGCUUUUAUUAUUGACUCUAUAAGCCACUUUUUACCUGAUUGAAAAGUUGAAACCAUUGUUCACAGAGGAGUCUGCUUAGUCUCCAUUGUCUGCCCCGCUUCAUCCUAAAGCGCCUUCUGUGGGGAAGGAUUUCCAUAAGCUAUGGUUGUUUCCUUCUGAAAGGCAGACAUAUGUGUCACUAUGUUUACUGUGGUUCUUUUCCUGCCCUGUCUCUCAUGUUCUCUGUUCUACAAGGCUUUCUUUUCUGAGGUCUGUUUGAUCUUAGUGAUUACCUCUAUACUUAAUUUGCUUUGCUUACAGGAUUCUUUUUGUUGUUGUUUGUUUAAACUUCAGCUUCUCUCAGCUUUGACUCUUACCUGAUUGUCCAUGUGCCUACAUUCAGUGAAUACUUUCAUUCCCCUUCUAUCUUGUCAGAUUUUCUUUUGUGUUAUUUUUACUUGUGUUAUAGGAUAGGAACAUAAACAUACACUGUUUUGCAACCCUAGUCUUUAAAAAAAAAAUGACAAGCAAUGUUAUAUGUAGUCAAAUAGCUUUGAAUAACUGACCAAAAAUCAUGUCUUAAAAGUAACUUUGGUGUAGCUGAAGUAUGAAUUUAAGAGGUUAUGAAAAGUUAGAGUAAUCUUUUUUUUUUCAGUCUGGCUCUCAUGUAGCUCAUGGCUACCAUUGAACUUGCUCUAGAAGCUGGCCUUGAGCUCCUGAUCAGUUUGUUUCUACAUCACAAAUGCCAGAUCACAGGUGUGCACCACCACAUCUAGCUUACAGCAAAUGAUCUUCUCAACCCACUCAAAAGAAAUUCCUGUGAUUUAGUUAUGAAGUCUAUUCCACUCUCAACAGCUGCAAGUUGGACUUCAAGGAAGUUUCUAUAUGAGAAUUUUAUCUUUAAAGUAAGUAUGAUGAAAAAUCUUAUUUAUCAGCCAAGAUGCUUUUCUUCUCCCAGCCAUAAAAAUCAGUUUAUUUUUCAUUUCUUGUCAGUAUGGAAGUAGAAGGAACAGAACAUCCAACCAGGUUUAUUUUUAACAUUUUAUUUUGAAACUUGAAAUUUACAGAAAAGCUGCAAUAAUUCAUACACUCAUGUACUCCCCAGACUUUCUCCUUUACCUUGUCUAUUAGUUAUUUAAGCCAUGUAACAAAUAACCCCAAUGUUUGGAGGCCUGAGAAAUCUACCCCCUUGAGCAUUUUUAAGACAGGAGUUCAUAUCUCAGUCUGUUCUCAGAUUUGUCCUUGAAUUUUUUAUUCUCCUGAGUGCCAGGACUUGGGCAUACACUUCUAUGCUGGGUUUAUUUGUUGUUGGAGAUAAAAUCUGCAGCUCAGUGCCUAUAAUGACAAGCACUCCAAAAGAGUACUGUAAAAGGAAUGUUUAUUCGCCUUUGUCAAUUGCAUCUUAGAGGCUUACUGCCUCCUCCUGUUAACCUAGGGCCUAGUCCAGGAAGCAUCUGGCCUCUGUAUAAUCUAAUCUAGGCCCAGAUGUUUCCAGCCUCUGAGACUUACUGCUUAAUAAGUUCAUCCUUUCUUGUUCUGAGCUCAUAGCUGACUGGUUCAAUUCAGCUGUUGUAGCUCAAACUCCUCUCCCAGCUGACUUAUUCAGUGUGGCUUUUCCCUUGGCAUCUGAAUUACUCUGCUUGGCCUCAAAUUAACUUCAGCAAUCUUUUCUAAUUUUCUAGCUCAUCGUUCUCUGCAUUGUCUGACUUGUUCUGUGUUCAUGUGUGUCUAGCUUGUUUUCUCAUUCAACCUCUUUGUAAAACUUUUCCAUAAAACUGCCCCGCCUCUCUGCAUAGCCCCUUAAGUAGCUUCCCUUUCCUCUCUGUUCGUGUGAGAGUCGGGCAUCUACUGUUCUUUCAUAUCUUUCUCUGAUUCAUCAUUUUUUCUGCCACUCAGGCAACACUUUCAAACUUGGGUGCUUGCUUCUAUAAACUAACUUUACCUUCAUUGUUUGAGAUUAAAGGCAUGUACCACCACGCCUGGACCUAAACUUUUCUUUACCUGAUAGUUGCUCUUUACCAGGCUGGCCUUGAACUCAGAUCUGCUUGCCUCUGUCUCCUGGAUUAAAGGUGUGUUUGUAUUCUAGCCGGAUCACACAGACUAGGUCUUUGGAUGUGAUCUUUUGCCAGAGCAGGCAUGUUCUGAAUUAAAAUUCCUCCACAGACUACCUUCCCAGCCCUGCACUGUGGCUAAGCUGGGUAGUCCUAACUAAAGGUCUUGAAGUUUUGUAGUCAGGCUGUCUGCAGGCUUGAGCAGGCCUAGAGGCUCUACUUCCAAGAUCAUCCACAAGCUUUGUAGGAAGUUUCAGCUCCUCAACAGCUGGACCUCUCCUUAGUUCCUCUAGGAUCAUGGCAAAACAAGUGACACCCGGACUGGAGUGAAGGAAAAGCCUAGCAAAACCAUGCAGUGUCUUUUAUGACCUAGCCUCUGAAGUCAGUGCUGUCACUUCUGCUUUUCCCUGUUAAAACAGAAGGGCAUCAGUAGCCAGGCCACAAGCCAGGAGAGAGAGCCCAAUCCACUUCUUCCAGGGAGGAAUAUCGCUGAGUUUGUGACCAUACCUUACUUAGAACCACCACAUUCAGGCCCACUGUACAUUUUGGUUUGUCACUAGCUUCAAAGCAUCAAAGUAUGAGAGUAGAUAGCAUGUGUUGUGCUCUUUAACUACCUAACACUGAAGGUAUGUUUAACAGAAAGGUUUUCAACACAAUUUGUUACCAAAAAUUUGUUAUAAAAAUUUUGCAGGGCAUGAUGGCACAUGCCUUUGAUCGCAGCAUGGAAGGCAGUCAAGCAGAUCUCUGGGUUUGAGGCCAGCCUGAUCUGCAUAAUGCGCUCCUGCCUCAAAAUAAAUAUCAGCGCUGUGGUAAUACUUCAUAAUUUAUAGUCUACUUGUGUCUGCUCUUUCUAGCAGUCUUCUAGUCAAACAUUUUUUAAAAGUCUAUGAAGUGUGACAUAUCUCGUUUAGACUGGCAGAGAAUAAAAUGUCCUGGAACCAGGAGGUAUCUAAGCCAGCAUGAACUAGCUGAGGAUCAGGUCAACAGCUAAAAAAUCUCUACCUUCUACUGACCAUUCCUGGAAAACGGUUGCCCGUUCGGUUGUGUUUUGGUGGGAACGCGGUUGACGUAGAUGCUGGUACCUUGGAACGUUUGGUUAGAGCGUCUGAGAAAGUAUUUGUCAGGUUUGAGUAGGUAAUAACUUUUUGAAACUUUACUUCAUCUAACAAGGAGAAACAGUUAUACCCACGGCCCAGGCACGUGGCUCCACCCAGUCCCGGGGCACCUCCCUUCCCUGGGCUAGUGCAGACCUCAAGGGGCGUGGCCGCACCGAGGGGGUGUGGCUGCGUCGUGGGGGCGUGGCAGGCGACUCAGCCGAUCACACGAUGUGACGCGCCGCCGGAGGCAGGCCGGGCCCUCAAGAUGGCGGCGUGCGCCCGGAGCGGCUCGGCCCGGCAGUAGUGGCGGGACCGCACUCGCCGCUGGGGCCGCCCGCCCCUUGAGUGGCUGCUGCAGCGCCGGGAGUCGAGGAUGGUAAAAUGACCCAGGGGAAGAAAAAGAAACGGGCCGCGAACCGCAGUAUCAUGCUGGCCAAGAAGAUCAUCAUUAAGGACGGAGGCACGCCUCAAGGAAUAGGCUCCCCUAGUGUUUAUCAUGCGGUUAUUGUCAUCUUUUUGGAGUUUUUUGCUUGGGGACUACUGACAGCACCCACACUGGUGGUAUUGCAUGAAACCUUCCCUAAACAUACAUUUCUGAUGAAUGGCUUAAUUCAAGGAGUAAAGGGUUUGUUGUCAUUCCUCAGUGCCCCACUUAUUGGUGCUCUUUCUGAUGUUUGGGGCCGGAAAUCAUUCUUGCUGCUAACAGUGUUUUUCACAUGUGCCCCCAUUCCUCUAAUGAAGAUCAGCCCAUGGUGGUACUUUGCUGUUAUCUCUGUUUCUGGGGUUUUUGCAGUGACAUUCUCUGUGGUAUUUGCAUAUGUAGCAGAUAUAACUCAAGAGCAUGAAAGAAGUAUGGCUUAUGGGCUGGUUUCAGCAACGUUCGCUGCCAGCUUAGUCACCAGUCCUGCAAUUGGAGCUUACCUUGGACGAGUAUAUGGGGACAGCUUAGUGGUGGUCCUUGCUACAGCAAUCGCUCUGCUAGACAUCUGUUUUAUCCUUGUUGCUGUGCCAGAGUCAUUGCCUGAGAAGAUGCGGCCAGCAUCAUGGGGAGCUCCCAUUUCCUGGGAACAGGCUGACCCCUUUGCAUCUUUAAAAAAAGUGGGCCAAGAUUCCAUAGUGCUGCUGAUCUGUAUCACGGUGUUUCUCUCCUACCUACCAGAAGCAGGCCAGUACUCCAGCUUCUUCUUAUACCUCAGACAGAUAAUGAAAUUUUCCCCAGAAAGUGUGGCAGCCUUUAUAGCGGUCCUGGGCAUUCUGUCCAUCAUUGCACAGACCAUAGUCUUGAGUUUACUCAUGAGGUCAAUUGGAAAUAAGAACACGAUCUUAUUGGGUCUGGGAUUUCAAAUAUUGCAGCUGGCAUGGUAUGGCUUUGGUUCAGAACCUUGGAUGAUGUGGGCUGCUGGGGCAGUUGCAGCCAUGUCUAGCAUUACCUUUCCAGCUGUUAGUGCCCUUGUUUCACGAACUGCUGACGCUGAUCAACAGGGUGUUGUUCAAGGAAUGAUAACAGGAAUCCGAGGAUUGUGCAAUGGUCUAGGACCAGCCCUUUAUGGGUUCAUUUUCUACAUAUUUCAUGUGGAACUUAAAGAACUGCCAAUCACAGGAACAGACCUGGGGACAAACACAAGCCCACAGCAUCACUUUGAACAGAAUUCCAUCAUCCCCGGCCCCCCCUUCCUGUUCGGAGCCUGUUCGGUACUGCUGGCUCUGCUCGUUGCCUUGUUUAUUCCAGAACACACUAACUUAAGUUUAAGGUCCAGCAGUUGGAGAAAGCACUGUGGUGGUCACAGCCAUCCUCACAGUACACAAGCGCCAGGAGAGGCCAAAGAACCUUUACUCCAGGACACGAAUGUGUAAUGAACGAAAUCAGGAAGACUUUUCUAUCAGCACCCAGGUCUUAGUUUUCACCUGUAGUUCUGGAUGUACAUUCCAUUUCCAUCUACAAUGUACUUUAAGACUGUCUUAAGAAAUAUCUGCAUGAACUCCGUGGGAACUAAAGAAAGAAACAGACAGUUUUUUCCAAAGAUGUUACAAUUUCUUUCUUUCUAAAAGAAACCUUUUCUUUAUUAGCACCACUCUCUUGCCACUAAACUGUUUUAUUACACAUCUUUAAUUAAAGCUAUGUAUAUGUAACUCCACUGUCAGCGCAUCUCUGCUGCCAUUUCCUUAGCUGUUGAGCCUUUACCUGCUCGUGCUGACUCAGUGACAUGGUAGGCAGGGUGGUUAUGGACCUGUUUGCUUGAUCGUUGUAAAAGCCUGAGUCAGAUCUUAAUAUUGUAAAAUCUUGGGUCAAAUAAUUCAAAGCCUUAAUGCAGAUGCACUAGAAUAAAGAAAUGGUAAAGAAUUGUUUGCAUUUAAAACACAAACUUGUGAAAAUUGUAGAAAAUCAGAAUCAUGUUUCAAGCUUGUUUUACCAUAAUUUCAUUUAAAACAUUCACUACUAUUUUGAAGUAUGAAAAUAUCAGCCACUUAGAAUUUGAAUGGGGGGUCAGAGCCUGUACAUCUAUGUUCUGGCUCAACUUGUUUAAAUUUGUUCUGCUCCUUAUACCACUAUUCUUUUGAUGUUUGCAUAAUCAUAAGGACCUCAACACUUGAAUACCAUAAUCUAAAAUUAUAUAGUAAAGCUGGUAGCCUUGAAAAUGUCAAUGUGAUAUCUAUAUGUAGAUAAAUAUAUAUAGUGGCCUUUCAGGACUGUCACAGUAACACUUUAUUUACAGAGCUAAUGUUUGUCCUAAAUUUUCAGGACCCUAGAAGAGAGCUUUAUACAAUUACUGAUGUGAAUUUCUCUAAAGUGUAUAUUUUUGUGUCCAGUUAUAUUAUUUAAAAAAAGUGUUACUUUGUAAAAAUUGUACAUAAAGUAUUGUAUAGUUUACACUGUUUUCAUCUUGUGUGUGGUUACUGCCUAAUGCUUUUUAAACUUGGAGCAUUCACUAUGAUUAAAUAAGGUCUCAAAAUGUAAAUAUUCUGUUAAUAAAAUUAAAUAUUUUAAUGA